AUUCGUGCGGACGUUAUGGAUAAUUUUACUCUUUACAUUAUAUGUGUUGGUAUAGUGCUAAUUGGACUUGGUUGUUCUUGUCUUUGCGGUAAGUGUCGUGCUCCAGCAAGACAGAGAAUUGACCUCCUUCACCUUCAGCUCCAGCUUAUCGGGCUCCACCCGCGCCGCCACGUAACUGACCGACUGGCUCUGGGAGUCGUCCAGGCAGAAGAGGAAGCUCGGGACCCUACGGUCCCGGCCGCUGUUGUCCAGCACCACCCGGGUGCUGGUCUUCGUCAGCCGGGACUGCAGGUCGAUGUGUCGCCCGACGUUUCGCACCACCAGUCACCAGUCAGUCCAGUCGCUUCGACGCCUAUCACCACAUUGCCGCGUAGCACGGACCGGACCCCGGACCCCGGACCCCCCGCCGCUGCAUACCACGCACUCGUGCUAUCGUCGUACAUUUCGCUGUGUUUUUUCCUCACGGACUCUCGCGGUGCAUCAAUGAUGAGCGACGACGAUCGUGACAUUGAUAUCGAGAGCGACGAUGGCGACGAUUCGGACUCCAGACUGAGGCACUCCAACAACACGCAAUACUACUCACAGGCAGAGAAAAGAGCACAUCACAAUGCUUUGGAGCGGAAACGACGGGACCACAUCAAAGACAGUUUUACCAGUCUUAAGGAUGCCGUACCGACUUUGCAAGGGGAAAAAGUCGCAAGCAGGGCGCAAAUCCUGAAGAAAGCAGCUGAUUACAUUGUCAGCAUGCGGCGUAGAAAUGGAUCCCAUCAGCAAGACAUCGAUGACCUCAGGAAACAGAAUGCUUAUCUGGAGAACGAAAUUCACAACUUAGAAAGAUCCUUGGGGUUAAGCAAGUCUGAAUCACCGGCCAUAUGUGAGUACACUCCGUCCGAGUCCUCCGACAGCGAGACUGGUGAAACGAUUCGACAGCCGAAGAAGCUAAAGAUGGCCAGCCUGCAUUGACGACACUCCAUACUUUCCCCUUUAACUUUAUUUUCGUUAUGAUUUUUCGAGAUAUUUGUAAGUGGUACAAAAUACGUGUAUAUUGUGCGAUCAUGUGUGUAAGUAGGUACUUAUUUAAGUAAAUCAUUAGAAAAUCACGUUCUGUAGCAUAUUUGUAACAUAGCGACACAUUUCUGAAGAGUGAGACGAUGUCCAAGAACAUAAAGCGAGUAAAGAUGACAUUACCGAACGUCACCGAUGUCUUGCAAUAUUUAUGUUUGCAACUUAAUGUAUAUAAAUACAUAUUAAGCAACAAUAUGGUACCAAUAUAAAUAAUUUAUAUUCGUUUUAAUGGUUUUGGGCUAUCGCAAAUAUAAUCUUUUGACUUCGCGCGCAAAGUUUGUCAACAGCAUGGAUAAUUGUCAACAAAUAAUUUUAAGGAGCGAUGUCUCGAUUCUUCUAUCAUCAUUUCAAUAUCGCCUCAUGUCUCAUAUUUUUUAAUUUAUAUUCGAUCUCGGAUAUCGCUUUCAGAAUCAAUUGUCACAAUCGACUAUCUAUUAUCAAAUAUUAAAUGUUAUCAGUACGGUCCAAUGUUAUGUAAUUAUACUUUAUUGUCAAUGACUGACGAUUAUCACGAAUCUGACACAUUGAUACGCCACAAUAUCUUGAUAUUGUUUAAGACUAAUAUUUGCUUAAUAAAGUUUUAUUUGUAACGAA